AUGUGGUUGGCUUCAGGGCCUAAGGUGGCGCCUCCAAAUAUUAGUGCAGUGAGAGUGAAUUCGACCUGUGUACUGGUCUCCUGGGACAGGAUACCUGAUGGUAAACGACGGGGCUUGAUACAGAAAUACAGAGUAAAUAUUACAUCAAAGAUCCCCAACGAAACAACAAGUCGCGAAGUACAAGCGCCAACACAGUAUCUGGAGAUCGUUAGCAUAAAUGUGGACUCAAAAUUUACCAUUACUGUGGAGGCUGCAAAUAGCAAAGGAUUUGGACCAGUUAGUGAGCCUGUUAAUAUAACUGCUGUUCCGUAA